AUGGAGCCAGGAAAGGAGCAAGCUCCCCCCACAACUAAAGAUGGGCUAAAACAGAUCGCGGGAAAGGCCCUCGGGAACCUGUACAGGAGGCUGGAAAAGCGGCAGCAAACAGGUGAGGUGAUCGAGCUGACGGAGGAUGGGAGACCCUCGGCGGACCAGGAGCGGAAGGCGCCCCUGUGCGACUGCACGUGCUUCGGAGCACCGCGGAGAUACAUCAUCGCUAUGCUGAGCGGCCUCGGCUUCUGCAUCUCCUUCGGUAUCCGGUGUAACUUGGGUGUGGCCAUCGUCAGCAUGGUCAAUAACCACACGAUCCAUCAGAACGGCAAGAUCGUCAUCUUAGAGAAAGCGAAAUUCAACUGGGACCCGGAGACGGUGGGGAUGAUCCAUGGGUCCUUCUUCUGGGGCUACAUCGUGACUCAGAUACCAGGAGGAUACAUAUCCUCCAGACUGGCUGCAAACAGAGUUUUUGGAGCUGCCAUCGUGCUGACAUCCACCCUGAACAUGUUCAUCCCCUCUGCAGCCCGCACUCACUAUGGAUGUGUCAUCUUUGUGAGGAUAUUACAGGGGCUGGUGGAGGGAGUCACUUACCCAGCAUGCCAUGGGAUCUGGAGUAAAUGGGCUCCACCGCUGGAAAGAAGUCGUCUGGCAACCAUCUCAUUCUGCGGAUCCUACGCUGGCGCAGUGAUAGCCAUGCCUCUGGCUGGGAUCCUGGUCCAGUACACAGGCUGGUCCUCUGUCUUCUAUGUGUACGGAUGCUUUGGGAUUUUCUGGUACAUGUUCUGGAUCUUGGUGUCCUACGAGAGUCCAGCGGAGCACCCGACCAUCACCGAAGAGGAGCGGCGUUACAUCGAGGAGAGCAUCGGUGAAAGUGCUCAGCUGAUGGGUGCAAUGGAGAAAUUCAAGACUCCCUGGAGGAAAUUCUUCACUUCCAUGCCAGUCUAUGCAAUUAUCGUGGCCAACUUCUGCAGGAGCUGGACCUUUUAUCUGCUCCUCAUCAGCCAGCCUGCGUACUUUGAAGAGGUGUUUGGCUUUGAAAUCAGCAAGGUUGGAAUAGUGUCGGCGCUUCCUCACUUGGUCAUGACCAUCAUCGUGCCCUUAGGGGGCCAGUUAGCUGACUACCUGCGGACACACAACAUCCUGUCCACCACUGUGGUCCGUAAAAUCAUGAACUGUGGAGGUUUUGGGAUGGAGGCCACUCUCUUAUUAGUGGUGGGUUACUCACACAGUAAAGGGGUAGCCAUCUCGUUCCUAGUUCUGGCAGUGGGUUUUAGUGGAUUUGCAAUAUCAGGUUUUAAUGUCAACCAUCUUGACAUCGCGCCACGCUAUGCCAGCAUCCUCAUGGGCAUCUCAAACGGUGUGGGUACACUGUCAGGGAUGGUCUGCCCUCUUAUAGUGGGAGCCAUGACGAAGAACAAGACCCGGGAAGAGUGGCAGUAUGUCUUCCUCAUCGCCUCCCUGGUGCAUUAUGGGGGCGUGGUGUUCUAUGGGCUCUUUGCGUCUGGGGAGAAACAGCCAUGGGCCGAUCCUGAGGAAACCAGCGAUGAGAAGUGUGGCUUCAUCGAUGAGGAUGAGCUAGCCGAAGAGACGGGUGACAUCACGCAGGCGUACGGUGCAAUGGCCGGUCCCGCUAAAAGCUACGGGGCCACUGCACAGCUAAAUGGAGGCUGGGUGCAGGACUGGGAUAAGUCGGAGGAGUAUGUGCAGGAACCGGCAGGGAAGAUAUAUUCUGAGCGUGGCUACUCUUAAAGAAGGGGUGAGUCUGCUUCCAAAAAAUACAACAACAGACUCUUCAUCUUGGAUUGCACAAAUAAGCAUUAUCUUAGAUAUAUAAAUCCAUUCUGUGUAUUCAAGUAAAACGGUUACUAGUUUCAAAAAGCCAAUGUAAACAAAUAGUUUAUUGCAAUGCAGAACAAUCCUCAUUAGAUUGUCACAUGUUUCUCAUCACAUGUACCAACGGUAGGGCUUCACUAGACAGAAAGCAGUUGUAAAGAAAUCUGCAGGCCUAUGUUGUACUUCUUCUUAGGCACCCAAACCUCAUCAAUCUACUUGAACAUAAGCCAGAUGACACUGCAGUUGACCAUCAUAUUGGGUCUCUACCACUCUGAUUGCACUGAAACUAUAAGUAUUCAAAUACAAGAUUCUAUUCUGUUUCUCUAAUGUGUUUUAUGUACAUGUAUAUAUCUGUAUACCGUUUCUGUGAGACUAUUGUGGAUUUUGGGUCGUUGAUCUGUGUUAACAUUAAUAUAAAAGGCCAUAUUUUUCAUGGACAGUACCUUUUCAGGGAGAUGUCUGCUUGCAAAAAAGGUCUUCUUCUUCUCAAGCGAGGCCUAUAAUACACUAUGACAAAAAAAUAGCGUGAGUGAAGUUGAAAUGUAGAGUUUUAGUGUGUGUUUGUUUGCAUGAAUUUGCUCAAAUCAAUGUUUCAGAUGCAGCCACCUCAUGGCCAUCAAUAGUCCUCAUUCAGCCUAUACUGCUUUGUUCUUAGAUACGUGUCUUCUGCCAUUAGAAAUAACAAUACAAUGAAAUUUCAUGAUCAGGUUGCAGUCGUGAUGUGAGACAAUUCAAAAAAGUUCUGAAGGCGAUUGCUCAGAAGACAUUGUUUAUUGAUGUUUGGUGUGCACUGCAAUAAAUUCUGUGUACCAGCCGCCACCCAUCACAUUCUGUUUUGUAAUGUAACACUGGCUUGCUGUAUCUAAAUGUAAUUGUUUUGGAGUCAUGUGAUGAUUAACAUUAAGGUGUGUGUUUUAACAAAUUACUAGUGUCUGGAGAAUCCAGCUUUAGUGCUCAUGAUGAAGGACAUGUUGCAUUUUGACAGCGAGGAAUGCAGUACUGUAUAUGAACAACCAGGUUUUUGUGCUCUCUCUCUUUCUCUCUUGGUGUUUCUUGGUUGUUUCCAUUGUCACCAACAGUACUUUAUGGACACUUUGAUAUUGUCAUGUUUGAGUGGACCACAGGAAUUAAUAGAUGGCUCUUCCACCCGACUUUAUUUGCUAUGGAACACUUUGAUUUGAUGUAUGAAAUCUGCAAGGAUGUAUAAAAUAAAUGGAUAUUUAAGAAUGUUUAAGAUGACCAAAAGAUGCUAUUAUGGCUUUGUGCCUGAAGUUUAUGUGAAAAAGAUAAAUGUGAUUUUAUGGAUUCUAUUAUUGUGUUUAAAGAAGAGGUAUGUUGAUGUCAAAAGGUGUUAUAAAAAUACUCAUAUCAUUUUAUAAAAAACAAAACAACCAAA